CGAACUUUCAACCAUGCAGUCGGCGCUCUACCUUGCCGUGCUAUCACUCCUGGCAGGACAGACAAUAGCAGCGAAGGCACCGGACUGGAGGUCAAGGUCCAUAUACCAAGUCUUCACCGAUCGAUUCGCACGCACAGAUGGCAGCACGACACACCCCUGCGACGUCAAGAACAACAUCUACUGCGGCGGGACAUGGAAGGGCAUCGAGAACAAGCUCGACUACAUCAAGAACAUGGGGUUCACUGCUAUCUGGAUAUCCCCCAUCACCGCCCAAGUAGACGGCGCCUACCACGGAUACUACCAAACCGACCUCUACAACGUGAACUCACACUUCGGCACAGCCGCAGACCUCAAGUCCCUUAGCACCGCACUGCACUCCCGCGGCAUGUACCUCAUGGUCGACGUCGUCCCCAACCACAUGGGCUGGGCGGGAUGCCACGACACAGUCGACUACAGCCACUUCUCCGUCCUCAACUCGCCCAGCUACUACCACACCUACUGCGAGCUCAACGACAUGCGCAACCAAACCGAAGUCGAGCAAUGCUGGCUCGGAGGAAACUGCGACAUCACAAUGCCAGACCUCAACACCACCCACCCAACCGUCAUCUCCUCUCUCCAAUCCUGGAUCCGCGCCCUCGUCUCCAACUACACCAUCGACGGCCUCCGCAUCGACAGCGUCAAGAACGUGCACCCCACCUUCUUCCCGCCCUUCUGCGCCGCCGCCGGCGUCUUCUGCAUGGGCGAGGUGUCGGAAGGGCUCGCGAACUACACAUAUCCCUACCAGCAGUACAUGGACUCGGUGCUCGACUACCCGCUCUCGUACGCCAUCACCCGCGUCUUCCAGCGCAAAUCCAACAUGGCCGACCUCGUCGUCAAUCUCGCGGCAUGCACGCAGGAUGAGAACGCAGGGUGUCGCGACGCGACGCUGCUGGGCACGUUCUUCGAGAACCACGAUAAUGCGAGGUUCGCAUCCGCGACGAAGGAUGUGAGUCUCGUGCGGAACGCGCUGGCGUUCGCGGUGCUGAGCGAUGGGAUUCCGAUCGUGUAUCAGGGCCAGGAACAGCACUUUGAUGGCGGGGACGACCCGGGGUGUAGGGAGGCGGUGUGGUUGAGUGGGUUUGAUACGAGCGCGCCGUUGUAUAGGCAUGUGGCGUAUUUGAAUCAGAUUAGGAAUCAUGUCGCGGCGAGGGAGGGGGGUUAUUUGGGGUACUGGACGCGGGUGCUGAAUUACACGGAGGAUACGAUUCAGUUGAGGAAGGAUGUGAUUAGGACGGUGCUGACGAAUCAGGGGGAGAAGGCGAGGUCGGGGACGCUGAAGACGAAGGGGAUGGAGUUUGCGAAGGGGGCCGCCGUGGUGGAUGUUUUGACUUGUGGGAAGUAUACUGCGGGGAAUGAUGGCGAGGUGGAUGUCAAGAUGGAGAAGGGGUAUCCGGUCGUUUUGGUGCCGGAGGUGACGUUGAAGGGCAGUGGCAUGUGCGGUCAGUCGUGA